AUUUGUUCUCGUUCUUAACAUUGUUGUGAAUGUGAACUAUCUCUCCCUCUUUCGUUGUUGCCUCUCUUCUUUCUCUGUUGUUCUGUUUGUCUCCCCAGAAAAUCGAACUCUUCGAAAUUCAAAUUCAGAUUAAAUUAACCUGUGUUCUCUCCACCAACGUUUUUGCUUUCCGAAGAGUCUGAGGAACACGCUGUUUCACAGAGCAUUCUCUUCAUCCUUUUGUUUUUUGGUUUUUUCGGAGUUUGCAGUUCAGAGUCUUCUUGAUCACUCGGAUUUGGCUUCUUCGAGGUGAUCUCGUUGGGGCUGAGAUUCUGCUUCGUGCUGAUUCCGUUCGGUUAGAUCUGAAGCCUGCUGGUUUCUGGGCUUUGAAUGAGCAGCUUGAGAGAUGAAGAGGGCUAGAUUUGAUGUUUACAUGAGUUCUUCCACAUUCAAACGGCCCAUGCUGUCUUCUCGAGGAAUCGCAGAAGGGUCGGGGCAACCCCAGAUGUUGAAUGCAAGUGGUCAGAAACUGACUACCAAUGAUGCCUUAUCAUAUCUCAAGGCAGUGAAGGAUAUGUUUGAGGAUGACAAGGACAAGUAUGAUGAGUUUUUGGAGGUCAUGAAGGAUUUCAAGGCCCAAAGAAUUGAUACUGCAGGUGUCAUAGCAAGAGUGAAGGAACUGUUUGAAGGGCAUAGAGAUCUGAUAUUGGGAUUUAACACCUUCUUGCCUAAGGGAUAUGAAAUCACGCUUCCACUGGAGGAUGAACAACCUCCCGCAAAGAAGCCUGUUGAAUUUGAAGAAGCUAUAAAUUUUGUGAACAAGAUAAAAGCUCGAUUUGAAGGUGAUGAUCAUGUUUACAAGUCUUUUCUAGACAUAUUGAACAUGUACAGAAAGGAAAAUAAGUGUAUCAAUGAGGUCUACCAUGAGGUUGCAGUACUUUUCCAAGGCCAUGCUGAUCUUCUUGAUGAGUUUACCCAUUUUCUUCCGGACGCUUCUGCUGCUGCCUCUAGUUAUUAUAUGUCUGCUCGAAAUUCUGUGCUUCGUGAUAGGAGAUCUGCAAUGCCAACAGUGCGGCAAGCGCAUGUUGUUAAGAGAGAAAGGACUACGGUUUCACACUGUGAUCGUGACCCCAGUGUAGACCGUCCUGACCCAGAUCAUGACAGAGGUUUGUUGAGGGCAGAAAAGGAGCAGAGGAGACGUGUAGAGAAGGAAAAGGACCAUAGAGAAGAUGGCAAGAGAGAUUGGGAAAGGGAUGGCAGAGAUCAUGAGCAUGACGGGGGUCAGUACAGGGAGCGGUUAUCCCACAAACGGAAAUCUGAUCGUAAGGCUGAAGACUUUGGAGCUGAACCAUUGCUUGAUGCAGAUGAAUUUUUUGGUACGCGCCCUAUGUCAUCUACUUGUGAUGAUAAAAAAUCUCUGAAAACAAAGUACCCUGAAGAGUUUGCUUUCUGCGACAAAGUCAAAGAGAAAUUACGAAAUCCUGACGGCUACCAGGAAUUUUUGAAGUGUUUACAUAUUUACAGCAAGGAAAUAAUCACCCAACAAGAAUUGCAGUCAUUGGUGGGUGAUUUACUGGGAAAAUAUCCAGAUCUUAUGGAAGAGUUUAACGAGUUUUUGGUACAAGCUGAAAAGAAUGAUGGUGGAUUCCUUGCUGGUGUCAUGAAUAAAAAGUCCUUAUGGAUUGAAGGGCCCGGACUUAAACCAAUGAAGGCUGAAGACAGGGAUAGGGAUCGAGAUAGAGACCGCUACAGGGAUGAUGGGAUGAAAGAAAGGGAUCGUGAAUGCCGAGAAAGGGACAGAUCUACUGUGGUUUCCAACAAGGAGGUCUCAGGUCUUAAGAUGUCUGUAUAUCCCAGCAAGGACAAGCAUUUCUUAAAACCUAUAAAUGAGUUGGACCUUUCCAACUGCGACCGAUGCACUCCCAGUUACCGUCUCCUACCAAAAAAUUAUCCAAUACCUAUAGCUAGCUACAAAAGUAAAAUUGGAGCUAAAGUUCUGAAUGAUCAUUGGGUGUCGGUCACUUCAGGAAGUGAGGAUUAUUCAUUUAAACAUAUGCGCAAAAAUCAGUAUGAAGAGAGUUUGUUUAGAUGUGAAGAUGACAGGUUUGAACUUGAUAUGUUGUUAGAGUCAGUAAAUUUGACAACCAAACGAGUAGAGGAGCUGUUUGAAAAGAUCAAUAAUAAUGUAAUUAAAGGAGACAGGCCAGUUCGUAUUGAUGAGCACUUAACAGCCCUAAAUCUUAGGUGUAUUGAACGGUUAUAUGGCGACCAUGGGCUUGAUGUGAUGGAAGUGCUUAGGAAGAAUGCACCUUUAGCUUUGCCAGUUAUAUUAACACGCUUGAAGCAGAAACAGGAUGAGUGGGCAAGGUGUCGUGCUGAUUUUAGUAAAGUUUGGGCUGAAAUAUAUGCUAAGAACUAUCACAAAUCUCUUGAUCAUCGUAGCUUCUACUUCAAGCAACAGGAUACAAAAAGAUUGAGCACCAAAGCUUUACUGGCAGAAGUCAAAGAAAUUAGUGAGAAGAAACACAAAGAAGAUGACGUUCUUCUUGCAAUUGCUGCUGGAAGUAGACAGCCUAUUAUUCCAAACUUGGAGUUUCAUUAUCCUGAUCUAGACAUUCAUGAAGAUUUGUAUCAGCUCGUAAAAUAUUCAUGUGGGGAACUUUGCACAGCUGAACAGUUGGAUAAAGUUAUGAAGGUUUGGACAACUUUUUUAGAACCCAUGCUCUGUGUUCCUUCUCGGGCCCAGGGUGCCGAGGAUACAGAAGAUGUUGUCAAGGCUAAGAAUACAGAAGAUGUUGUCAAUACUGAGAAUAAUUCUGUCAAAAGUGGCAUUGUGAGUGUUGCUGAAAGUGGUGGUAAUCCUGGUGUUGGUGCUAUCACAAUGAACCCAAAGCAUAUGAGUACUUCUAGAAAUGGGAGUGAGUGUAUGCCAUUAGAUCAGUCAGAUUCUAAAGCUUGGCAAUUAAAUGGUGAUAGUGGGGUUAGAGAAGAUAGAUGUCUAGAUUCGGACCAUACUGUGUAUAAAACUGAAACUGCGGGCAAUAAUACACAACAUGGUAAAACGAAUAUUAUUGGAUUCACACCCGAUGAACUAUCAGGGGUCAAUAAGCAAAACCAGUCCAGUGAGCGGUUAGUGAAUGCUAAUGUCUCACCAGCAUCUGGAAUGGAGCAAAGUAAUGGAAGGACAAAAAUAGAUAAUACAUCAGGACACACUGCUACUCCAUCUGGAAAUGGUAAUACUUCUGUCGAGGGAGGACUUGAAUUACCUUCAUCAGAGGGUGGUGAUUCCACAAGACCAGGUACAUUCACAAAUGGGGCCACCACUGGAGGCACCGAAGUUCACAGAUACCAAGAGCAAUCAAUUCGACACUUCAAAAGUGAAAGAGAAGAGGGCGAGUUAUCUCCAAAUGGAGACAUGGAAGAGGAUAACUUUGCAGUUUAUGAAAAUUCCGGAUUGGAUGCAGGGCAUAAAGGAAAGGGUGGUGAUAUGAGUCAAAAAUACCAAAGUAGACACGGGGAGCAAGUUUGUUGUGAAGCCAAAGGUGAAAAUGAUGUGGAUGCUGAUGAUGAAGGUGAAGAAAGUCCUCACAGGUCAUCAGAUGACAGUGAAAAUGCUUCUGAAAAUGUUGAUGUUUCUGGAAGUGAGUCUGCUGAUGGGGAGGAGUGCUCUCGAGAAGAGCAUGAGGACAGGGAACAUGAUAAUAAGGCUGAGAGUGAAGGUGAAGCUGAAGGAAUGGUUGAUGCCCAUGAUGUUGAAGGAGAUGGAAUGUCAUUAACAAUUUCUGAACGCUUUCUACAAACUGUGAAGCCUUUGGCAAAGUAUGUUCCUGCCGCGUUACAUGAGAAAGACAGGAAUUCUCAAGUUUUUUAUGGAAGUGAUUCCUUUUAUGUUCUGUUCAGACUUCAUCAGACAUUGUAUGAGAGGAUACAAUCAGCAAAGUUUAACUCAUCAUCUGCCGAAAAGAAAUGGAAGGCUUCACAUGAUACAGGCUCUACUGAUCAAUAUGACAGGUUCAUGAACGCCCUUUAUAGUUUGCUGGAUGGUUCUUCUGAUAAUACAAAAUUUGAAGAUGAUUGUCGAGCUAUUAUUGGAACCCAGUCAUAUCUCUUGUUCACACUAGACAAGCUGAUAUACAAAUUAGUAAAGCAGCUUCAAGCUAUAGCCAGUGAGGAGAUGGAUAAUAAACUUCUCCAAUUAUAUGCGUAUGAGAAGUCAAGAAAACUAGGAAAGUUUAUCGAUAUAGUUUAUCAUGAAAAUGCAUGUGUUAUUCUUCAUGAAGAGAACAUAUAUCGUAUUGAAUAUUCACCUGGACCAAAGAAACUUUCUAUUCAACUGAUGGACUGUGGACAUGAUAAGCCUGAAGUGACAGCUGUGUCAGUCGACCCUAAAUUUUCUACCUAUCUGCACAAUGACUUUCUCUCUGUGGUCCCUGACAAAAAGGAAAAAUCACGGCUUUUCUUGAAGAGGAAUAAACAUAGAUAUGCCGGUAGUAGUGAAUUUUCAAGCCAGGCUAUGGAAGGACUACAAGUUUUUAAUGGUCUGGAGUGUAAGAUAGCUUGCAGUUCUUCUAAGGUGUCAUAUGUUUUAGAUACAGAAGACGUCUUGUAUCGGAAGAAAAGCAAAAGAAGAAUCUUGCACCCGACGAGUUCAUGCAAUGAGCCGGCGAAGUCUUCAAACAUUCGUUCAAGCAGAGCACUGCGGUUCUGCAAAUUGUUCUCGAGUACAUGACUGUGUCCAUUUUGAGCCAGCAGCUUUUCUCUAGUGUCAUUGGCAGAGGUUGAUCAAUGUUGACCAAAGACGAGGCGCGACGUGGAGUGGAGAGUAGUUUGUAUUAUACUGUAAUUUAAUGGCUGAUGAUGGCUCAUAAUGUUAUGUAAUAGUCUUAGACGUAAUUAGUCAUGUAACUGAAGGGCUUUUUUUUUCUUUACAUUUUUGUUCUAGAUUAUUAUUUUUCAUUUCCUUUAGCUGCUAGAUUGUUUAAGGUUAUUUUUUGUGAAACAUUUGGGGGCUGCAAUUAGCCUCCAGUUUAAAAUAUGAAGUGCAAACUGAGAAUUCUGCUACA